CUUUUGUAACGCUAAUUUAACGAAAAUGUUCACCGGUAAACUCUCUUUAAUUCUACUAGCAACGGCAGUAACCAUUUCUGCUGCUUCGAGCGUCCCUAAUUUGGGACUCGAAGGAGCCACUGUGGCGGCAAAAGGCCAAUUUCCGUUUCAAGCUUCCGUGCAAUCCUGUCCUCUUACCCUAUGCAGGCACGUCUGCGGGGGCGUAAUAAUCAACGCCAACUGGAUUCUAACCGCAUCUAGUUGCCUCGACAAGGCCGAUAGAAUUGUCGUGGCUACCGUGGAUUUGGACGACAAUCUGGCCUAUUUCUACAUCAAAGCCAAGGUUGCUUACAAAGGAAAUGCCAAUAGUCCUGAUAUCGGUUUGAUCAAAUUAACGGAACCUAUACCGUUCGGUAAAAAUUGCCAGCCCGUUAAGUUGCCGAAGCAAGGACAGGAAUUUAACGGAACAGCCGUAGUGUCGGGUUACGGACACACCUUGAUACCUAAUAAUAACGUUCUCGGUUACGUUAGCGGACGUAAAAUCGUAACGUACGAAGAAUGCAACAAGGUCCUCGUCUCGCUCGCGGGUCUCGAAGGAUCUUCUUUAAAUCCAACCAACAACAUUUGCACCUUGAACGAGCGCUCCAACAAUUGCCACGGCGACGACGGUGGACCUCUGUCCCAAGACGGGGUACUCGUUGGUACCGUCACUUGGCACGUUCGUCCUUGCGGCAAGUCCAACGCUCCUAACGUCUUCACCAAGGUGUCCAAUUUCGUCGAUUGGAUCAACCAAACCAUCGCAAGCAACAAAUAAUUUUUGUUUUAAU